AAAAGUAUUGGCAGUUUCUUAUUGUAGAGCAGGCCAACAAAUCCACGUUAUUUGAUGAACUAAUACUUUAUCUUUUAUGUGGGACAUUUUAUAAAAUCCUAAAAUAGACAACAAAAUCGACCAUAGUAUAACUCUUGAGAGUGAACAUUCAAUUCAACUUCACACUUGAGUAAAUGAACUCCUCUUGGUUUUUGACACGACUCUUUCUUCACUCUUGACACUGUUCACUCUAAUAUCGGAUUAAGCUUAACCCAUAUCCAGGAACACUGAAUCAAUGGCACCCCUUCCCAAGAAAUCAAACAAGACCCAAAAGAGUAUCAACAAGUUCAAGAAACACAAACAAGUUAACCCUGUCCCUGUUCAACCCAAAACCACUGAAACCGAUUGGUGGGACUCUUUCUGGCACAAAAAUUCAACUGCCCCAGGAUACUCAGUACCUAGUGAUGAGGAACAAGGGUUUAAGUAUUUCUUUAGGGUAUCAAAGACUACAUUUGAAUAUAUAUGUUCUCUUGUAAGGGAGGAUCUCAUAUCAAGGCCUCCAUCAGGACUUAUCAAUAUAGAAGGAAGGCUUCUUAGUGUUGAGAAGCAAGUUGCCAUUGCUCUUAGAAGAUUGGCAUCUGGUGAAUCUCAAGUCUCGGUUGGAGCUGCUUUCGGUGUUGGCCAGUCGACGGUUUCUCAGGUGACUUGGAGAUUCAUUGAAGCGUUGGAGGAACGUGCUAAACGUCAUCUGAAUUGGCCGGAUUUCGAUAGAAUGCAGGAAAUCAAGUUCAGUUUCGAGGCGUCUUAUGGGUUGCCUAAUUGCUGUGGUGCCAUUGAUGCAACACAUGUCAUGAUGACCCUUCCAGCGGUUCAAUCAUCAGAUGAUUGGUGCGAUGGAGAAAAGAAUUACAGCAUGUUGUUACAAGGAAUUGUUGAUCAUGAAACGAGGUUCAUUGAUAUUGUGACUGGUUUGCCGGGUGGAAUGACGUUUUCGAGGUUAUUGAAGUGUUCGGCAUUUUUCAAACUAUCACAGAAUGGGGAGCGGUUGAAUGGAAAUGCAAGAAUUUUAGGUGGAGAUGUGCUAAGAGAAUAUGUAGUUGGUGGGUGCAGUUAUCCUCUUCUUCCAUGGCUUAUAACACCUUACGAAACUAAUGAAGUAUCAGAUUCACAGUCUGCUUUUAAUUACAAACACGAAUCUGCAAGACUACUAGCAGUGAGGGCGUUUUCGCUGUUGAAGGGGAGUUGGAGAAUCCUUAGUAAGGUUAUGUGGAGACCUGAUAAGAGGAAAUUGCCUAGCAUUAUCUUGACAUGUUGUUUGCUUCAUAAUAUAAUUAUUGACUGUGGAGACACCAUACAUCCAGAGGUUGCAUUGUCUGAUCAUCACGAUUCGGGAUAUCGAGAACAGUAUUGCAAGCAAGUUGAUCCUUCGGGAAGGACCGUGCGAGAAAAUUUGGCCAAUCAUUUACAACAAAGAAUGCAGUUAGAUGCUCAUGGUACUUCUGCUGCUACCUCUGUUCAUCUAAUUUAGAAUUUUUACUUUUG